CCCAUUGUGAAAAUUAGAACAACAUAUAUCACGUCUCACUAUCAAUCACUUUUACUCAUAACAUAGAUGCACUCGUUCAUCAUAUACUUUAUUUAGUCAUUUUUAUUACAAUUAGUUGCUUAAAUACAAUACCUCGGUAGCUGAUGACAUCACCAGCAUCGACUCAGUAGUUUUAUUCAAAAGUUCUUGUUUCACGUACGAUUAUUUAGCGUUUUAUGAAUUUUUAAGGCAGAUAACUUCAACUUCUCUAAUUUAUCCCAACAAAAGGGAUUAUAGUUUGUGUUUUGUGUGCGGGAUUGUUUACUACGUUUUGAGGUUUUUCGGUGUUUUAAUCUCAGCAAAUAGCUCUUGCUCCUUCAUUUUUUGUGUUGAUUUUCGAUACUUAGUUUGUGUUUUUUUUAGUGUUGUAUACAAUAGUCGUCAAUUGACAAACUUACACGAUGAUUUCUUCUCGUUUCGGGAUAUGCCAGUCAGCUAUUACAAAAUGUAUAAAACAGCAUGCUUUGGCGUAUCACAAGAAUGUCAUAGAUCAUUAUGAGAACCCUCGUAAUGUAGGCUCAUUCGAUAAGAAAGACAUGUCUGUCGGUACUGGUUUGGUUGGUGCACCGGCCUGUGGAGAUGUUAUGAAGCUCCAAAUAAAGGUGGAUGAAAAUGGGAAAAUAAUAGAUGCAAAGUUUAAAACAUUUGGUUGUGGUUCCGCAAUUGCAUCCAGUUCACUGGCAACUGAAUGGGUUAAAGGCAAAACAAUUGAUGAAGCUGCAAAAAUAAAAAAUAGUGAUAUUGCCAAAGAACUAAAACUUCCACCUGUCAAAUUACACUGUUCUAGUAAGUCAGCACCAAUUAAUUUUACGUUCAUUAUUUGUUAACCUAUUCUGAAUGUAGCGUUUCUUUACAAAACAUACAAAUAAGUAGCACAACCUAAGUAAAUUUUAUGAAUUGGAUUGUUAGCUCGAAUCUCUAUAGCUUGUGGUGUGUGUAAAAAAUGAGGACGAAGUAAACUUUGCAUCACUUUGGGUUUAUCAUAACAAUACCUGUUCUUUGGAGUUAAAUCUCUAUCUCUUCAUCCUAAGACAAUUCAAAAAUGUGCUUGCCGAAGAUGCUAUCCAGGCUGCUAUUAAAGAUUACAAGAAAAAGUCUACUUGAGUAUUACUUUAUAUUCACAGAUCAAUUCCAAUCAUAUUCGACGUCAUAAUUUCUCAUUUCACUUGGAUAGACAUUAUUGUAAAUCAUAAGCACUAUAUUGAAAGUAAUUUUGUCAUCUAACAAAUUUAACCAUAGAUACAGAGAUACUCUCAUAAAAAUAAAACUUAUUUUCAUCUACUAAAGAAGUGUUCUUGUUCAUAAAUUUCAUGUUAGAAUGUCUGUAGUUGUUUGUUUAUUUUCGAUAUUUCAAUGUCUUAUAUACAACUCUAUGAUAUUAAUA